GCAGCGCCUAUCCCAUCUCUCUCUCUCUCUCUCUCUCUCUCUCUCUCUCUCUCUCUCUCUCUCUAAUAUCGCUCCCUGCAGCCACUCAUCCGCCUUCACAAUCUGGGCUUCAACCUCAGCUGGACUUUAAGCUCACAGAGAUCAUUUUCACGUCUCUCCGCGUUUAAAAAAGCAAAAUCAGCGCGUGACUUUCACUCCGGAGCGACGACGGCUGAUAUCACACUUGUGAGGAUUUUCGAUAAACGCAGCGUUAGAAAAAUGGAGCGUUGUUUUUUUUCUGUGUGGCAGAUGAGCAUGGUGAUCACGCUCAUGUUUUCUGGAAUUCAGGCAGAAUCAAGUCAGUCUCAGAGUGCAUACUUCUUGCCUGAGUUCGCUCUCUCUCCACAAGGAAGCUUUCUGGAGGACACAACAGGAGAGAAGUAUCUCACAUAUCGCUAUGAUGAUCAGACAUCAAGGACCACACGCUCUGAUGAGGAGAGGGACAACGGAUGGGAUGCUUGGGGAACAUGGAGCGAUUGCUCUCGCACCUGUGGAGGAGGAGCCUCUUACUCUUUACGGAGAUGUCUCAAUGGAGGGAAUUGUGAAGGAAGAAACAUCCGUUACAGGACAUGCAGCAACACAGACUGCCCUGCAGAGUCAGGUGACUUCAGAGCUCAGCAGUGCUCCGCCCACAAUGACAUCAAAUACCAGGGACAGACAUAUGAGUGGAUUCCAGUGAGCUAUGACCCGAUCUCGCCCUGUGCCCUCAAGUGUCAGGCUCGAGGGAAGAGCUUAGUGGUGGAACUGGCACCUAAAGUGCUGGAUGGCACUCGGUGUAAAACCGAGUCUCUGGAUAUGUGCAUUAAUGGCAUAUGCCAGGAAGUGGGCUGUGAUAGGCAGCUGGGCAGCAACACUAAGCCAGAUAACUGUGGAGUGUGUGGAGGAGACGGCUCGAGCUGCCGCCUGAUCCGAGGCCAGUCACAGAUACAUGUCUCGCUGGAGGAACCCUUGAAGACGGUGGUUGAGGUUCCUCUAGGAAGCCGAGGUCUGAGACUCACAGCCAAGGGUCCUGACAUCCUAAUGGUCGAAGCUCACACUCUAAGCGACAGGAGAGAAGAACUGGUGUUGAGCUCUCCAGGCUCAUACAUGCUGGCCAACAGCACUGUGGAUUAUCAGAGAGGAAGAGAAGCUGACAGACAGAUUCUGCGCUGCCAUGGGCCACUCACUGCAGACUUCACCAUCAAGGUGAAGUAUACAGCUCCUAAAGACACAGUGGUCAUGUUCAUGUUUUACCAGCCGAUCCGCUAUCAGUGGAGAGAGACAGACUUCUUCCCCUGCUCUGUAAAGUGUGGAGGAGGCUACCAGCUAAAUUCGGCCGACUGUGUGGACAUCCGCUACAACAGAACUGUCGCUGAUCAUAACUGUCACAGCUAUACAGAGAACACUAAACCCAAACCCAAGCUGAAGGAGUGCAACAUGGAGCCCUGUCUCGAAAGUGAUGGCUUCAAAGAGGUCAUGCCUUACGAUCACUUCCAGCCUCUUCCACGGUGGGAGCAGAACCCCUGGACAUCAUGUUCGGUAUCGUGUGGAGGCGGAAGUCAGGAGCGCAGUGUGGUGUGUGUGGAGGAGGACAUGCAGGGCCAGAUUGUUCAGGUUGAGGAAUGGAAAUGCACACACUCCCCACGGCCUGUCUUCAAACAGAGCUGCAACAAUUUUGAGUGCCCAAAAUGGUUGGCAAUGGAAUGGUCUCAGUGUACAGUAACCUGUGGCCGGGGUUUGCGGUACCGUGUGGUUGUGUGUGUGGAUCACCAAGGAGAGCACACAGGGGGCUGCACCUCUGAACUCAAACCCCACAUCAAAGAGGAGUGCUUAGUGCCAAUCGCAUGUCACAAACCCAGAGAGAGUAUGCCCGUAGAAGCCAAAGUCCCAUGGCUAAAACAAGCCCAAGAAUUGGAGGAGACCAGAGUGGCCACUGAAGAGCCAACCUUCAUCCCAGGCCCGUGGUCUCCCUGCAGUGUGUCUUGUGGCACGGGCAUACAGAAGCGCACUGUGAAGUGCAGAGUGUUUCUCUCCUUCACUCAGGCUGAGGUGGACCUUCCAGAUGAGGAGUGUGGCGAGAAUAAGCCUCUCCUCCAGAGAGCCUGCACCCUCGAAGACUGCUCCAAGCUGCCAGAUCCUCCACAGCACCCAGAGGAAAAUCAGAAUAAAUCCAAGAAAAACUAUGUUUGGGAGUAUAGGGGUUUCACAGCAUGCUCAGUCUCUUGUGCUUUAGGCAGGCAGAUGGCUGUUAUUCGUUGUGUAAGGGCUGGGCAACGGGAGCUAGUGGAGGAUACACUCUGUGAUGAGUCACUCAAACCCCGCACUAUCAUGCGCAUGUGCAACCCUCAGCCUUGUCCUGCCAGAUGGGAGGUGAGCAUGUGGAAUGCAUGCUCAGUAGCAUGCGGCGUCGGGCUACAGACGCGCAGUGUAUGGUGUGUGAGGUCUCUUGGAGCCAAUCACAGUGACCCAGUGUCAAACUCUGAGUGCCGAGGACCCCGCCCUACAGAGGUUCAGGCCUGCAAUCAGGUGCAGUGUGUCCCCACCUGGGAGACUGGCGAGUGGCAGGAGUGCUCCAGUUCAUGUGGGAGAGGAACGCAGUGGCGUAAGGUUUACUGCAGGCAACGUUUGGCCACAGGGAGCUAUCGCCGCCUGCAAGACAAGGAGUGUGAUGGAGUUAAACCCGAUACACACCGGCCGUGUGUAAGCACGCAGUGCCUAAAACCCCACCUAGUGGGUGGGGAGUGGUCCAAGUGCUCUGUAACAUGUGGGAAGGGUAUCCAGCGCAGAGAGCCUGUGUGUAGAAGGCAGACAGCAUCUGGUCAGCUGGUCACACUGGAUAGAUCUGUGUGUAUCGGCCUUCAACCUCCGCCUCUAAUCAGGAGCUGCCGAAUGAGUCCUUGCAACAGUGAGACUCCAUUCUUUCUUUUACUGGGUGUUUUUUCCUGUCUCUUUUUUGGAACAUUUGCAUCAUAAAAUGACCACACCAUUAUUAUCUGAGCCCUAAUUAACACCUUUUUUUUUUUUAGCCCCCAGCAUGAUGGCUUAUGGAACAAUGUUACUGGUCAAGUUGCUUUGCUAAUUAAUGAAUGCCUGGUGUAUACCCAAAGAGGUCCCCAAACUGUUAGAUAAAAGCAUCAUGAACAGAGCAGUGUAAAACCCCUGCUUAGAUGGAAACCAUAACAACAGUUGUAGAAUGUUUGCCUAUUGCUAUGUGAGAGGACUAGCAAUAAUGUUAGCAACUGUAAAUUAAAAGGAUUGUUUUCAUGUCAUUCAGUUCUACUGCAUGUAAAAGUAAUCAGAUUACUAAUUAUUUUACUUUCAAUUUACUUUCAAAACCUGUCAAGCCUACAAAAAUACACUACAAAGUGAAACUCAUACUCAUCAGUGUAUGACAUGAUCACUUUGUGUAGGACUACCAGACUAACUAGGCUAGUUUGGUGUCGCUAGCCAAGGGGAGGCACAACUAAGCUAUGGCUUUAGCUGCUAUAGUGCCAUGCAAAGUUCAUUAUCUUUCCUAUGUACAUUGUCUUCCCUCAUGUUCACGUAAACUGGAAUUCAUAUAGACAUUUACACACCUUGUUGUCCUGCUCAGCUUCAGAGGAUGUUACUGUUUCAGUUUCAACGCCUUUACUGUUUUUUUUUUUGUUUUGUUUUGUUUUUUUAAUCGUGUAUAUCCAUUUUUUUUCCUCACAGUGACUGUGAGGGAGCGUUUGGCAGAAGUGAGAGCUGUCCGCCAAUAAGACACGAGUAUUUCCACAUAUUUUCCUGUAAAUCCUGUCUGAUUGGUCUCGCCUCCGUUCACUGAAGAUAUAAAAUUACAACACUACUGUCUUCUUUUACUGACGUUCAGUUACGUAGUGACAAACCGCUACAAGUGGAGAAUUAUUUAGGGCUAAAGAAAAAAAUCUCCGGGGCUACACUUUACGCCCCUGGCAGCCAUACAAAACGUGAUUUAUUUUAAAAAUGUAUUUUACUUAAUAUUGUUUUCUUAACAAUAAAUUUGUAACGCAAGUAACACAAUUUUAUUCACACCAGUAACUGUAAUCAAAUUGCAUACAUUUUAAAUGUAAUGUGUUACAUUACUGCGUUAUCAGAAAAAGUCAUUAGUAACGUGUUACUUUGUAAUGCGCUAUACCCAACUCUGGUACUGUGUAAGCAAUAUGUAUACAAGGUAUACCAUAACUAUCUUAGUUUUCAACACCAGUAUUGUAUCAUGCUAAUUUAAAAUUAGGCUAUAUAAAAAAUAUGAAUAAUUCGUGAUGUCUAUUCUGCAAAUACACUGAGCUUUAUGAGCUUUACUAAUCACUGAAAAUUGUUAAAGUCUUUAGAGUAGAGGUCAGGAUGCCUGUUGGUCAGAUGCUUAAGCAAGUUGCUGGUGUUGGCUGUGGAUUUAUAACACAUUUUUACAUACUUGUAAUGUUGUGUUUGUUGGCUGUCAGCCUUCAUCAGAAACAAAAAUAUGCCCCAACUUCACUACCACAAGUUGCAGGCAUGAGAUAACUUGUUUCCUUUUGCCGUGGACUUACUGUUAGAGCCACUUUGGGAGUCUUGCCCAUCUACAGUUUAAAUCAAAAUUAUUCAACCCCUAUUGCAAUGGUUUAUUGUCAAAAUUUAAAGACUUUCAGCUGUUUGCAAUGAACAAAUCAAACAAAAGCAAUUUUAGUAGUUGAAACACAAUGAAUGCUUCAAGUGGUUUCCCCAAAUUAAACUGAAAAUGCAAUUUAUAAUGAUUUCUCCAGUUUCAAAAUUAAUAAACUCCUUCAUGGCAAUCAUCUUUAGUACUUAGUAGAGCGCACUUUUGCUAUUAUGACCUGCUGCAAACAACAUGCAUAGUUUCUGGCAGCGUUCCUUAGGAAUGCUGUAAGUCAAAUUAGCUUGCACAAUUUGAUUCACCUAUGAACAGAACUGAAUGUCUGUAGAAUGAGUGUUGUCCUAUGUAAAUGCAGCACUAAAUGUAUCAAAAAGUUGUAGAAUCUAAUUGCUUAGCACAUUGUAGUACUGAAAAUAUAUCAAACCUUCAAUGCAGCCUAGCUCACCUGCUAUAUAUUAUAUGGUAGAUCAACUGAUCUUGGUAGCAUCUUCAAAAUGGAUCAAUUUUAGUGUAAACAGUGAGAAAUGAAAUUAUAGGUUGAUCUUUUUGUUUUUAACCUUCUCUGUAGUUCAAUAAAACAUUUUCAUUUCUUUGAAAUCUUAUAAAUUGUAAUCUUCUAAAGCAUGCUACCUGGUCUGAUUUUACUUGGCUUGGCAUCAAUCUUUGCAACCAACUCUCAGAAAAAAUAAAACCCCCUCGUUCAUUUGUGGGUUUAAAAGAACAUUCUUUCAUUUUUUAAAUCUUACUGUGACUUACAUAAUAAGUACUGGAAUCCUCAACUAGUUGGUGGUUUUACCUUCCGGAUUGUCCUAACCCUUUGUGU